AGUUACUUUGUUCCAAAAGUGAGAAACGCUUCGAGUCUUAGUUGCUUCUUUGCUGUCUCGAGUUGAUCUCGAAAUCCUUAUUGUUUUUAAAUAAUUUGCCGUGACAGUCGUGUCCCAUUAUGAUACGAAAUAUAACUCCAGAGAAGGCGAUAGCUUUUACUCGGUUAAGCGUGGCUCUAAAUGCUUAUUGGCCUCCAUCGCCAACUGCCACGAGGAUCCAAGUGCUUCGUUUCAAAGUCUAUAGAUUUAUAGCGAUGCUUAGCGUCGGGAUGCAGCUGUUCCCGCUAUCGUACUCGAUCUACGUGAACAUAAAAGUUGAUACGUUUACUGUCACCAAGGUGACUUGCUUCACCUCUGCUGUCGUACACAUCUUCGGGCAGUCAAUUCUGAGCUACAUCCAUUACGAUAGGAUUCAGGCGAUAAUUGCACAGAUGACAGACUUCUGUGCGAAAGCAAAGUCGCAGGAGAGAUCUGUCCUGCAACGUUACGUGGAUAAAUAUUCGACGUUUUACAUGGUGGCUGUAUUCUGGUUUUACAUGACAUCUGUCCUCUUCGUCUUAGGAACUCUGCUCCUAGAUCAGCCCUUUCCAACAGACGCUGCAUAUCCAUUUGACGUCGACUACGAACCAUUGAGGACGAUAAUCUUUUUGCACCAAAGUUACGUAUGUAUGCAGAAUUCUGCAAUGACGAGCUCCAACGCCUACGUUGCUCUGUUGGUGUUAUUCGCGGCAGCACGACUCGAGACUUUAAUGCUGGAGCUACGCGAUGUUCAUGACUGCGAAGCGUUGAUUCGAUGCAUCAAAAAGUAUUACAGUGUGAAAAGAUACGCACAGGAAGUGGUUGAUGUUACUCGAUGUACAGCACUUCUUACGGUAAUUCUGACCAGUAUACCACUUGUGCUCUGCGGUGUGAACAUUAUCAGUAAGCAACCGGUUAUGAUAAAAGUGCAGUUCAUAUUUAUGGCUGGGACUGCGUUUCUGGAGGUUUUCAUGUGUGUGUGGCCAGCUGAUGUCAUGUUGGACGUGAGUAGUAACGCUAUCCAAAAAGUGUACGAAUCGACUUGGUACGCACAGAUUGCGAAAAUGCAGAAAAUGGUCCUCCUCGCGUUAUUACCUCAGAAGCCAUUAACCAUCAGUUUGGGGUGUAUCGUUCCGGUUCUGUCGCUGAACUUUUAUUGCUCGUACGUUUCAAAUGCAUUUUCCAUAUUUACUGUUUUACGGCUGGUAUUGAACGAGCACGCCGAAAGUUGAAUAUGCACAACUAAUGUUAUUUUAUAGACUGCUAGUUGAUUAGCAGUAGAUUGAAGUAUAUCUCGAUGUUAAUGAAAUGUAUGUUAAAAUACAUAAUUGAAAUAGAAUUAUAGAACCAAUCAACACUUUCAUCCGUUCUC